AUGUGGAAUACAGGUUGGCACUUCGAAUGCUACCACGCCAUUGCCUGCAUCGGUGCAGUUCUGCACACUUUGAACCUUAGGCUGAAUCCUUCAGACCUGGAGUACAUCAUUUCUCAUGCCCAGGAUCGCGUCAUCAUUGUCGAUGCGGUCCUUUGCACAGUAUUGAAGCAGAUCGAUGCAGCUGCAUUAGCCUCGGUCGAGCUCUUUGUCUUCGUGCGCGAGGACGGUCAGGCUGGCAAGUGGUCUCUUCCCGCAGAGAUAGACGCGCAAAAGGCGAUCGACUACGAUGCCUUUCUCGCGUCUGGUGAUCAGGACUUCCAAUGGCCCUUGGUGCCGGAAACCUCGACUAUGGGCUUGUGUUACACCUCGGGCACGACCGGAAGACCGAAAGGAGUUGGUUACUCACAGCGCGCGACGUACUUGCACACGCUCAUGUCCAAUGGCGUGGAUCAGCUCGGCAUCUCCGGGCGCAGUGUCGUGCUCCCGUUCGUUCCCAUGUUCCAUGUUCUCAGCUGGGGGGUGCCCUUCAACAUCCUCAUGAUGGGCUGUCGUGCUGUGUUCCCUUCCCACUUUACGGAUGCAGGGUCGCUUCUUCAGAUGUUCGGAGACUGGACAGUGCAGCUCUCGUGCGGCGUCCCGAGUGUUUGGCUGGGAGUUCGAGCGCAGAUCGAGAAAGAAGGAGUCGCGAAGUGGAAGCCGGUGCUGGCUUUGCAGCGCCUCGUCUGCGGAGGCAAUGGUUUGGGUCCCGAACACUGGCAGCUUGGUGGGGUUCGCAACUGGUGUCAAGAUCGCGGCACGCGGGCCCACGAAACCGGCCAUCCAUCUCAGCAUGUUGCAAUAGUAUCUGUGUAUGUGAAUAUAUCAUGUACAUAUGAUUAUUCACUGUUUACCUAUAUUGGUACCGUCCAUACAUAA